UGGGAUCGUCGUGCUGACCCCACUGCAGUCCGCUUCUGGCGCUGAUCAAGAACGGAAGAUGAGUAGUCGGAGUCGGAGUCAGAGGGCCACCUCCACACCCACCCGUGUGUUCCUCCAUCUCCUGGUGCUACUCCCGCUGCUGGCAGUGGAAGCCACACCCGCCAUAAGUCCGCAGUCGCAGCGCGGCAUCAUCUUCCCCAAGGAGUCCUUCGAUGAGUGCCACCUGGACGACCCCCCGAGGACGAAGGGCACUUGCCGGCGCAUGGAGGAUUGUCCCAGUGCGGUGGACGCAUGGCUGGAGCGACGGGAGGCCCCCAAGACCUGCUUCUUCGUGCGGUUCGAACACUUCGUGUGCUGCGAACCGGAGAAGAAGCUGCCGGAGAUCACCACCAUUGAACCGCCCACUCCGCCCACACUGCCCACCACCCGGAAUCCCUUAAUAGCACCGCUGGUCACCCGACCCAGUCUGCAGGCCUGCUAUGCGAACAACAACGUCUUGGUGAAGGAGAACGAUCUGACCUUCGUGGUCUCGGUUGUGGGCGGGAAACCCACCCGUUACCGGGAAUUCCCCUUCAUGGCGGCCCUCGGCUGGCGUUCCAACUUCGAUCAGCAGAUCUACUAUCGCUGCGGCGGCGCUUUGAUCACCGACAACUUUGUUUUGACGGCGGCCCACUGCGUCGACUUGGGCGGUGAGCCGCCCAGCCAGGUUCGCCUCGGUGGCGACAACCUGACCCUGUCCGAGGGCGAGGACCUGCCCAUCCGGCGGGUGAUCGUGCACCCGGGAUACAAUGCCAGCACCGCCUACAACGACAUCGCCCUGCUGGAGCUGGAGAGCCCGGCCAAGCCGGAGCUGAAGCCGACCUGCAUUUGGACGGAGAAGGAGGUGGCCAACUCGCUGGUGACGGCCAUCGGAUAUGGACAGACCAGCUUCGCCGGACUCUCCUCCGCCCAGCUGCUGAAGGUGCCGCUGAAGAGCGUCAGCAACGAGGAGUGCCAGGUGCACUACCAGGUGGACCAACUGGCCCAGGGAGUGCUGGCCACCCAGAUGUGUGCCGGCGAUCUUACCGGCGAGCGGGACACGUGCCAGGGCGACUCCGGAGGACCCCUGAUCAUGCAGGACGGCCCGCUGGGCUACAUUGUGGGCAUCACAUCGCUGGGGCAGGGGUGCGCCAGUGGGCCGCCGUCGGUGUACACCAGGGUGUCCAGCUUCGUCGACUGGAUCGAGGGCAUCGUGUGGCCGCAGGGAUUUCAGACGGAGCCGAAGCCACCCGCUGGGACGACCAGUCCCGAGUUCGAUCUGAGGGGUGCGAUCUGAGAACUGGUUUCGAUAUGGAACGAUACAGGAUAGAUAUUUAAGGAUUUUCUAGAAAGUCAAGCAAUUACAUUUCAUUUUAUUCCCCGAACAAGUUAAACCUUACAAAUUUGAAGACAUUUUAAAUACUUUAACUUUAUUUUAAGGUUCAAUUGAAUCCUUAAAAAAGCUAGACAAUAUAUAUAUCGGAGAUUGGAAGAAAAAAAACGCAUUUUUUAAGAUAAUUAAUUGUAAAUAUUUUAGUAACGCUCAAGAAAACAGGAAAAUAUACAAGACUUUACUUUG